AUGGAUUGUGAUGUUGUGUUAGUUGGAUUAAUGGACUGGAAUUCUGCUACAUCGAAUCAUCAUCAUCAACAUCAAACAACAGGAACAUCACAAUUGGUUACUAUACCUGAUCUGUAUGAAACAAGUUUACUGCUAACGCAGUCACCGAAUACUCAACAACAUGUUUAUCAAACUGAUCGUUAUAAUGGUAAUCAACUCAAUAGUAAUCAAUCUCAACAACAUUUAAGUGAUACAAAUUUGUACAUUAAAAAUUUACCACCAGAAUAUUCGGAUAAUGAUUUAGCAUCACUUGUCGACGGAUGUGGAAAAGUAAAAUCAAUGAAAGCUAUUAUUGAUAAAACAACAAAUAAAUGUAAAGGAUUUGGAUUUAUUGAUUUUGAAACACACGAAGCAGCACAAAAUGCUAUAGCUCAAUUACAAAAAAAAGGAUUUACAGCACAAUUGGCUAAACAACAAGAACAAGAUACAACAAAUUUAUAUUUUGCUAAUUUGGAUCCAGAAAUGAAUGAGCAACAUUUACGUAAUGCAUUAGGUCAAUUUGGUACUGUUGUAUCGGUAAGAAUAUUAAGAGAUCAACAAAAACAUUCAAGAGGUGUCGGAUUUGCACGAAUGAAUACAAAACAAGAAUGUGAACAAAUUAUAAAUACAUUUCAUAAUAAAACAUUUCCAGAUUUUCAAGCCAAACUUGUACAUGUCAAAUUUGCUGAUGCAAGUAAUAAAAAUAAGAAAAUGUAUAAAAAUGGAAUGGAGGAUAUGAAAAGUGGUGUGCCAAUUUAUAAUCAAUCAAUUGAUCCAUCUCAAUAUGGGCCAGCUAUUCUUCAACAACAUCCUUAUCCAAUUCAAGCAACAACAGCAGCCAUGUUUCAACAACAUUUAAGACCACCUAUUAAUGUAUAUAAUAGUAUGCCAUCUUAUGUUCUUCCCUCACAAGUACAACAAGUUAAUAAUCAUACGGAUCCAUCUUAUAUUCUGCCACAUAUGAUUCAACAAGGAUUACAAAUAACCGGAGCUGGAACACACGGCCCUCUACAUCAGUUACCUAUCACAUGUGUUAUGACGCAACAACAUCCACAUUUAUUUAUGCAAGCACAAGAUCUUUCACUUGUACCACAAGAAUAUCAUCAUCCAUCUGAUUUGAUUCACACUCAUGAGACCGGUGUUGCAUAA